AUGUCUUUUCUGAGAGGCGGGCCGUUCUUUUGUAGGCUGAUGUUCUUAUACUUAUUUAAUUUUAUCCAUAGCGAAAACAUUGCGUAACGUUUGCUUUGUCAAGGAUGCAGUCUUUGUCAGGUCAGCGAAAACCGCCGCCGCGGCAGAAUCAGCGCGUGACAAGAACAUGGCCAUCGUAGACAAGUCAGUCCAAGACGCGGAGGAUCUUGCUGCUCGAUACAACAAAGUGAGAUUCAGUUAGAUUUUUCACUUUUAUGGGCAGUGAACAGUCGAUUUCGGAACAGUAUCCUCUUCGUGCCCCUACUUUGUAAUUCUGCACUUGCAGAUGAGCAAAGCCUAAACCAAGUUUCUUAAGUUCACUUAGUUUUGCUACGAGGAUACACGCUUUAGACUACGGAGAUUCGGUCAAAAUCUCCAACAUUUUACUAAGCCGAUGAGAGAAUUAUGCCGACUAAUUUCAUGGUUGCGCAAUCGAUACGGCGUCUUGAUAGCUAAGCAGUUUUCAGACCACCUCCUGAGCUGAUUAGCCGCAUACCUGCGCCCCUAUACGCGUCUUUAGGCCACAAUUCUUGUCGUCAGGAUGCGUGUACGGAACAUGUGAGUACACUUGCAUAUCAAUCGACUCCUGUAAGAAUACAACUUGUCCCAUCAUCAUGCAGAAUUCUUGGGUGAAGGGUUAUGUUAGGCUAGUAGCAUGCUCAAUUGUACAUUAUCCUCCACAUCCGCAAGUUACUUCCUUGUGAGCUUUGGUGAUCGACGGGAAAUGUCAAAAAAGUUUGAAAAUUUUGUAGUCCAGGGCGACUUUUCCCCAUUGUAACUUGGCUCGGUCUCCCGUUGACGACUAGCAGAAUCUGCUGUGUCUGCAUCCGUUCCUCACUACCUUGUGUAGUGUAAACGGAGACCGUUCAUGAACGUCAGGUCUCCGAUCACUAGUCUCUGAGGUGCCGCGUACAUAACCUUAUAGGACUGUCUAACCACUGCGCAAUUUGCGGUCAACGGUUUACAUUAGAGGACGAGAUUACUCGGCAUUCGACGUCCACGGUCCCACUAAACUGCGGUCUCAGGACAACACUCUGGGCUUGGCCGGACCUCUUUCUCCGUUGACUUCGCUGUAGAAUACCAGUUUGCUCAUGGAUGGCGGACCGUAGAAUGACCGUCGCCGAAAAUUAGCCGCGAAUUGGGCCGAAAUUUCGAAACCAGAGUGUACUUCAAAAAGUACACGAGGGGCGCUGAGAGGCCCACUGAUAAGUCGAAGGCCUCACGUUGCGUCAUGCGGUGCAGAAAGUUGGCAAAACACAUGUCCAAGUUUUCAGCUGACAACUGUUCUGUUAUUACGGUGAGUCAUGCAUCACUUGUUCACUACAUGCCGCAUACAUUUGGGCAGGAACCCCGUUUCCCUUUACAGUAAAAUUGAUGGUUUAUUCAAAGAGGUAAUCCCCACUUUGAAGUCUGCUGCUAAACAAGAAAAAUUAAUCGUCAGGAGUGCCGAUCGGAAAUCUUUGGUCUUCUUUACGUUGUUGGGCUGGCGAACUUACUCAGCUCAUUCACAGACACUGCCCCUACAGAUCGUCAUAUUAUGUGAGUGGAGUGUUGCGAUCCGCUCAGUGGACAUGUAGCUCGGUGACUGCAUCAUAUAUGCAAAAUCAAAACUUGCCCUGCCAGAUGUUCAUUUGGCGACAAUCCCGCAUGAUCAGUAAGGGGACACAGUCCUACUGUAUGCCAGAUUAACCAUUAAAAGGGUGUGCUGACCUGUAUUCUGAAAGCUUUGCUCUAUUAAGGAUAUGUUGGACGUGGGCCUGGCAAUCUGGGUUUGCGAAAUAUGGUUAUGAUGUGGGUGGUAGGAGUUAAUAGGGUGGAUUGCACUGUAGGGUCAGCAGAGAGGUGCGGACCUAAACAACUCACUUGAUCGUAACACGACUUCUUCGUCUACCGCUUUGUCAUUCCAUCUACAACAACAGCGCCCGAACCUCUUCCAGGAGCUCGCUAUUGAUUACAUUAACCGACUUCUUCGGAAGGAAGAAGCAACUACACAUCCGAUGCUAGAACGCGAGCACUGUCCUUAAACCUGCAGCACAACCUUACCUCCCGAGCGCUGGAGCAGGGCUAUAUGACAUUACCUGUUUCUCCGAGGUGUGUUAUAGCAUAGUCUGCACAGCAUUAACGUGUCAGUCACCUACAGGUCUUUGUAGUGCCUUUGCUAAAGUCACACUUUUUUGGUUUGCAUGUUAGCGCAGGAUGCUAACGACAUGCGGAAACAGGCCUUUUUGGCGGUGGUCUGGUGUCCCAAUGAGUCAUCUUGCUGCGGGGAACUGGAAUGCCGUUGAGGGCAAGUAUGGCGCAUCUUUGGCGCGAAUCCGUAGCAAGUGUUCACAUUAUUGUUUCUCGAAUGUACGUCGAAUGCCCGGCUCUGGCACCACAGGAGGCACCAAUCCAUCCGCUAUUUUAGUACUAGUUGUACGCGUAUUUAAAUUGAUCACGUAAGUAAGUAUGCAUGUAAGUAGGCUGGUCAGUCCCACGAUUCACGUGAUGCCGACACCGGCAUAGAGUAGGCCUCUGACCAUGCUUUUAUGCAGACUCAUCAACGAAAUUCACUGCAUAUUGCCUACAGGGCACAGUCUGCAACUCAGUAUAAUAUUGAUCGUUCCAAGCAUUCUCCCGUCGUCACAGGCUUCCAUUCGACUGUCUCCAACUGCUCUACAGCAAUGGCGCAGGCAAGACCCGCUCCCCACAUGUUGUCUCCAAGCUAACUGACUUCAACGGGACCAAGCCCACAGCACCCGUCAGGAGGUGAUCGGUCAAAGCAGGCGUCAGUGAGAUAGAAUUUCUGGCAAAAUGACUUGGCUGGCUUUUAACGCAGAGGCUGUUCGCCGUCAUUGUUAUCUGAACUCAAGCGUCUUGUUUCGUUAGACCAUGCUUUAUGUAUUUCCAGGACCGCAACGAACUCGGGGGUUAAGAUUUCGUAGAUGUUAAAUGCGCAUAAGGUACCGGUAAUACCGCUAGGCUCUGCUGCAUUUUGAAGAUGAGCCAGUCCCCUUAUCACUCCACCUCAGCAAUCAAGGACGACCAAUAUGCUGUGAUAGCCUCACCAGUAAAUAGGAAGUUUCAACAAGGACAGCAUUUUUCCUGGCUUUUGAACUCGGUAGGUCCAGCUCGAAGACGCCCUGCGGCCCAAGUCUGGGUGUGACCGCCGUUGACGAUCUUUGGAAUAGACCCUUGUGCUAAGGUAAGAACUGAAGAACAGAUUACGACUGCCCUCCGCUCGAAGUCCAUGCCUGCUAUUCGAGGGUACUAGCCGACCGGUUACACGGAUAACUGACUCAAACAUUAAAAUCAGAUAUCGCACUCACAGGCUGCGUUGACGUUGCGGUUACGCAGAAUUCUCAGAAGGGUGACAGGUUACCUGCGCACCAGCUGCCAGGACGCGUGCCUCCCUGAAAUCCCCACUAAGGUGCUCAAAAUUGCCCUUUUCAACCGCCUUCUUCUCUGUCGUAAUGAGUGGACAAACAGGAUCAGAGUGACUUUUAGCCAAGCUGGGGAUUUUUUGAUCAACACCUCGGCUUGUGAACCUUCGAGCAUCGUUACGAUUUCCAACAACCCGUUCUGGUCUGUUUCGUAGGUUUUGCCUUUCCGUCGACCCAUUCCCUCGGGAUCCCCUCCAGUCGGUCAUACUAUUUGAGGACAUACCGUCGAUCUUGCUCCAACUUAUGGAAGUCUCUUGUCACAGAACAAAAACCGAAGUAUGGCAAAGACAGUGGUUUCUUCGAGCUACCCCCAGCGUCCACUUGUUCGUGUUCUGUCACUAGGUUCUUUGACAUUAGCCAGCAGAUGACGCUGACAUACUAGUGUCAGUGCUCUCGAGCUCAUUUUUAUGAAUUCAGUGCGCCUGAGGUGCGUCCGAAAAUGAGCUUCCAAAUUGAUUGCCUCGGGUUUAACGUCGUCAUGGUAAGGGGUAAAACUCUUGAGUUACUAAACAGCACCCAUUAUCUGGGAUCAAAAUUUUGCCAAGCUGGCAGAAUUUUAAUGAGAUCAGUUAUCAUCCAGGCGCACGACAUUCAUUUUGCUGUUACCAGUCUGACGACCAAGCUGAGUGUACCAGACUCCCAUCAAGACAGCCCCUCGACCAAGAUGUGAGACGUGGCUUGUGUGCUCGACAUAUGUACACAUUUUAAAUGUGCUCGGACAAUGAUGCCUGUGCUCCGCCUCUUAACUUUGUGGUGACAACACUCGCGAGGCCACUUUGCCCGAGUCCGUCCCUGCUUGGCGACGCCGAAUUGGGCCUACUUGAUGAUGGCAAAUAUCAAGUACAUGUGACUAUGAUCUUCGGCGUGCGGGCUAGGCGGCUCAACUUCGCUCGAGAGUCUGCCGCUGACCGACUUCGACAAAAGCCGAUGCUUCAUAAUCUCCGGCGAACCUGCGGCAUGGAGCCGGCCGAAUCAGCCAUUUGAUAAUUAUUUUUCAAAGUGAAUGCUUUGGUGGAAGGUUAUGGAGUUUGUUAAUUUCAAGGCUAUGCUAUUCCUUCCAAGCAUUUUUUCGAUGUACAUACUCGUAAUUACUGCUGUCACUGUCGCGAGUGUCCUCGACACAGGUAUGAUAAUUAUUCAAUCAGGAAUGGGUGCACACCGAUCUAUUGGCUUCACGAAGCAAACAAGCUCCGUAUGGGAGGCAAGGAUUACGAACAGGCCACCAAUUAUCAGGCCGAGGUCGGCCAAGUCAUAAUAGCAGCGAGGAGAGACGAUAGAGAAUGCAAGUAGAUUGAUACAGUACCGUUUCGGGCUUAUUGUGCCUUCAUUUAGCCAAUCAUAACCCUGACCAACAGCUGGGACCACGAACACAAACAUGCGCACAGACGCACCUGGCGCAGUUAGUCCAUCACUGGGGUCUAUCAGAUGGGUCAUACCCAUCUGGUCCCAGUUGUUGGUCAGGGUUAUGAUUGGCUGACUGAAGGUACAAUAAGCUCGAAACAGUACUGUAUCAAUCUACCCGCAUUCACUGUCGUCCCUCCACGCUGCUGUAAUAAGUAUGCUUACGCAAGUUCACGUUCCUGACAGCGAGCUGUAGUUAUCAAAGAUUCCAUCUUCGUAUUGGACUGUCUUACAAGUACGUCGGCCGCGUUCAUUUGGCCGUGUCUGUUCAUCCCACAGGUCGUAGGUAUUGAAGUGUUCCAUGGCUUGAUUCCCGCUGGUAUUGAACUAGCUUACGCCAAGCCAGCUGACAAAGAGGGUUGACUGCCUGGGCUCGGUAGUCGUUCUCUUCUCUCUAUCCUGCCACUUACUCAUUGAUUCCACUUUUGUUUUCAGCAUGUCCGAGACGCCAUAGUUAGGUGGGAAAAGUGCAACGAGAUCUACUACGGCAAAGAAAGAGAUAUGACUCACUUCCCAACCAUAAAGAUCCCGCAGCGUCAUCCAAAAGUCCGCCUCGGUUUCCUACCCGACUCCUGGUUCCAGGCUCUCUACUCCAGGACUGGUGUCACGGGUAAAUAAAAUUAGCCUGCCUUUUACUAUGUUUGUCAACAGGACCCUACCUCUUCUUGACGGGCAGUGUGGCUUUCUUGCUGAGCAAAGAAAUCUGGGUAGUUGAUGCGCACUUCAUGGAAAUCAUUCCGUUUGUUGUAAUCAUGACCUGGAUGAUCAAGACGUUUGGUGCUCGGGUCUCGGACUACCUGGAUCAAGUCACGCAGGUCAGUGCCCUAUCACAGUAGUGAUUCCGUCACUCCUGUCAUUAUAGUUUCAUUGACAUUCAGUUGUGUCAUGUAACUUCUAAAAGCCUUAUUAUUAUGUCUCCUUGCUGCUAGCCUGAUUUUAUUCCAUCGCCUCUGUCAGGUUUGGUGGAUGCGUGUUACAGGAAUUGUCGAAAUGAUCAUGCCAGCCACCUCCUGAUAUCUCUAUAUUACAGUUGUUGCCAAGUUUGACUAGCUUCCUCUCGUCUGUAGGACCACUUAGCAGUCAGUCGGCUUUUCGUUUUCGACCCCACGUGCAUUCAUACUAAGCUGUGCUUUUUCACGUCCACACAAAAUCGAAGGACGAAAGCUUCCAAAGCCUUUGUGAAGUGGAUGCGAGGGUCCGAAGGUUUACGUCUUUUUUCUGUUGGUCCUGAGCUAGAAGCAUUAUACUACUGACAAUUCUGCGCAAUUUUAUUUUAUGGGACCCUGCACUGUUUCUGUACCUCCAGCUGCCUUCUUGUUUCAGUCUUGGUGUCUUGCCGCUUGGCAAAUCGCGUCAUCACAACUUUGGCAUCGGGCUUUUGGCUCAUACAGUCUUCUGGGUCAAGAGAGCUCCGCUUGACUGUUAUUUCGUUUCAGGCCUUUUUGUCUUUCUUCUAGAAACGUAUCGACCACUUCUACACCAUCCCCAUGAAGAAGGCCGUCGCUAAUCUGGACAGCACCAUAAAGUCCGCCGAUGAGGAGAUUGCACGAGCUGCCAGCGUCCCAACCCUAUUCCUGGCCAAGAAGGAGAAUCUAGAUCUCCAACUGGAAGCUGCAUACCGCGAGCGUCUGCAGCGCGUGCACAAGAUGGUUACAAGACGCUUGGUACGACCCACAUACCUGCUUACUUUGUACUUAUACUUGAUACGGCUGCUAUCAUAUCCGAUCUUGCCGGCCUCGACGGUGUCCCAAACUGCACCUUUCCACGCGUGACGAUCCGCGGCAGCAGAUCUAGACAGUUCAACCCAUCCUUUUCGCCAGCGGUGGAGAUCGAAUGCCGAAGGUGCAAGAACCACUUUCACGUCUUGACAAACUAUGUCGAUCCAGAUUUGAGUUAACCCCCUCUCCGACCCUCCAGUGUGGUAACGGUGCCGGAUCGAGGUCAGUACCACCGAGCUCCUGAGGCGGACGACGAAUAACGUGCCCAAGCCCCCUCAGCCGUUCGUUUUUGGGCGGCCUGGUUAAUCCUUGCGAUAUUGUCGCAGCGAGUGCUGACUAUCUCAUUUGAGACGAAGUUGGUGUACUUCACUUGAAGGAUGGUCCUCAAGCAAUGAUAGUCAAAUAUCACCAAUUCCCGGUCGUCCUCCACGCACACAGCCCAGCAUUCGCAAUCACAAAGAAAGACAGACCGGACGGAUACAAGGUACACGCGAAUCUCAGUGGCGAUGGAGGUGUAGUGGCUCUCAACCGGACCGUGAACUUCAUUACUUCUAACGCAAGUGGUCUUUUUUGCCGUCGGAAACGAAGAAAUGGAAUGCCUUGUUAUUUGACCGGCUAAGGCCUAAACUACAACAUACCCUCGAAGCAAUGGGAGCUCAGAUGAUUAGGCAGGCGUGAGAGCCAAUAAGAAACAGCGAGAACGCAGUCGCGAAGCGAUGCCACCCUCGGGUGAAUUACACCUUCUCGAAGUUUACUAUGUAGCCUGGUAGGCAGUUUUGUAAAUGCCGUUUGGGUCAGAGUCAUGGUAUGCUGGAGUCGACCAACUGGCCCAUAACUGUACGUUGACGGUGAGGGCAAGGUAUGUCAUUUUUUAUGGAUGCUGGUCCACAGUAAGCCGCCACAACAAGUGUUCGAAGUCUAGAUGGACACUGAACAGGUAGGACAAGUGCAAUAAUAUAAUUUUGAUGGAUAGCAAAGCAGUGAAAGAGUGGUAGAUGUUGCCAAUAGUGAUGGCGAAGUUAGUUGUCAGGUGAACGCGGGUCCUUAGGUGUCUGUAUAAGGCCCUUGUGAUGACCUCUAAAUUUGAAGGAGACACGUUCGCUGGGACAAGAGCUUUAUUAGCCUGGCGUUUCGGAUUCCUGCUCGAAUCCAUCAUCAGAGACAAAAGCAGAUAAGGGUGGUUCAUGCAUAAGGGGCUGCAGUAUUUAUAGGAUGCAGUAGCCAUGCUACCGCAUACCUAUGAAUAUUCACGGCUCCCCGCUUCAUCAGGAAUCGUUGCACGGGGUGUGAUGGCCGACGUUCGCGUCGUUAAUUGCUGCACUUUCAUCACGUGCGUUGGAUGUUGGUGUGAUGAUCGCUCGACCAUCUGACGCGCUGACCCUGGUGUUGGGAAGAGUGUUCACCUGUGCGCUCCCCGCGUGACCAAUUACUCCACCUAGGCGAAGUCUCAGCACCGAGUAUGGGAUGGGAAGAUCAUUGCCUUUGUGCAUUGACUGGGGGCCUCUAAACUGUUGCUUCCGUCGUCCCUGUCCGAGUAUUUCAUCAUACAAACCUUUUUCUGAUGAUGCAUCUUUUACCUCACCAAUCUCACUAGGUUUUUUUCACUUCGCCUUAUUAGGACUACCACGUAGAUGUAAAAAGUGUGCGUAGACAGAGGUUUCGCAGCUGUUGCACCAAACACUCCAUCCAGUGUUCCCCACACUGGAGCUGUGGACGCCAUGAGCAUGUGUGGCGGCUCGGUCAGCUAUUCAGAAGUCGGUGAUUCGAAAUCGCUUAGAACCUGGGGUGGAAGUGUUGUUAACAGUGCUGGCGGGGUUAGUUGUGAGGUGGAAGCGGUGUCUAGCCGGGGCUAUUGGGGUCCUUAGGUGUCAGUAUAAGACCUUUGUGAUGAUCUCCAAACUGUUGCUUCUGUCGUCCCUGUCCGAGUAUUUCAUCAAGAAGCUUUUUCUGAUGAUGCAUCUUUAACCUCACCAAUCUCACUAGGUUUUUUUCACUUCGCCUUAUUAGGACUAUCACGUAGAACGGGAGAAUGUGCGCAGGCGCUUCCAGCAACAGCACAUGGCCAACUGGAUCACCAACUCUGUUAUUGCUGGUAUCACACCGACGCAGGAGAAGGAGACUAUACGCCAAUGCAUUGAGGACCUGAAGAACCUGGCCAAAACGCAAAAUAGGGCGACCUCCCCGGCGUAA